AUGAAGUCUAAGUCGUUUGAUAACCUACAAGCUAUUUUAACACAUCCAACAUGCACCCUUAUUACACUUCUUCAACAAGAAGAUUUAAUUCCGGCAAUUCAAUUACGCGCAAGUGAAAUAACAAAUUAUCUCUCCGACCAUAUCCAAGAAUUUUUCGAUAUCGUAUUUGAUUCGAAAGAUCGAUACCCUAAAGUUGUCAAAGAGAAAGCCAGAUCCUGUCUAACUUCAAGACUUUCAUUCUAUAGUCCAGAAUUGCUUAAUGAUGUAAUAACACAUUUAAUGCAGUACAUUAGGCAAGAAGGCAAUCACUGCGAAUUUGGAAUCGUUUCUUUUACGAAAAUUCUUUAUUAUUUAAUAAGAAAUACAAAUAGCGGUGUUCUUGAGCGUUAUGACACCACGGUCAACUUAAUUCAAGAGCUAUUUAGAAAAGUACAACAUCCUGCUAUCUUAGACCUUCUUAUUUUCAUCACAAACGAUCAUCGACAACAUACAGCGAAUUUCAUUCGUAAAGUCGGAGCCGCCAAGUUCCUAACAAGUUUUACUGACACAGAGGGACCUUUGUGUGAGUAUUCCCUCCUUCUUCUUCGCAACAUUAUCAUAAAUCCUGAAAAUUUUACUCAACUUCAACUGUUUGAAGACUCGAGAAUCUUUGAAAGAAUCUUCCAACUCGCUCUUAGUCAGAACCCCAGCAUUUCCAGAUACUCAUUUCAGAUAAUUAAUGACGUUAUUAACACAUAUAUGUAUGAUGAUGAAGAAACACGAUCAGAGAACAAAAUUUACAAUUCAACAUGGUAUAUUAUACUUAAAAACAUACCAAAUAUUGUGGAAAGAAUCACUUCCGCGCCCAUCUACCAAAUAUAUCUUGAUCCAGCCCUAAAUUUGCUUACAAACAUCUCCAAAGCAGGUGAAGAUGUCACGAACAAGCUUGUUAUGAUCGCAAAAUACACUUUCCGCCAACUCCAAAAAUAUCCAAAUCAUUCCAAGGUCCAUAGUGUAUUUUUGACCAUUCUGCACUCAAUAGAAAAGAUGCAGGAUGAAGAUAUCUUCUACAAUUUGAUCAGAGACCUCAAAUUAAGAGAGGCCAUAAUAGAUGCUUACAGAUCGGAGACAUUUAACGUCAACAGAGCUUUCUUCCUCGAGUUCGCUGAUAUUAUCAACAAGAAGGACUCUAAAAACGGAAGAACGGCCACUCCGGAUUGGAAUUCCUUCAUAAACAACGAAUACAAGCACACAAAGGAGCUGAUUCGUAGUCCUUAUGGUGGACCAAUGCCAUCCGCUGAAGCUUUCGAAGAAGACGAAGAUUGUUACGAAUCAAGGGAAAAUAGCAUUGACGAAAAUGCGAAAGAGGACGCAAUUAAGAUUUUUGGCCAUGAUUAUUUGAUAGAAUGCGAAGAUUUGGAAGAAGAUGAAGAUUUUGAAGAAGAAGAUUUCGUUUUUGAAGACGAUGAGUAA